AUGUCUCAAACACAGGAAAAGGCGCAGGAGAAGCUCAUCGAGUCGACUUCCUCGGUGCCCCAGAGCACGGCGGCUCAGCAGAGCGACAAUGUUGCGCAUGCGCUGGCUGGCGCUGGUGGAGGACUGCUGUCCAUGGCUCUGACCUACCCGCUCAUCACCCUCUCUACCCGCGCCCAGGUCGAAUCCAAGCGCGCUCAGUCGUCGACGCUCAAUGCCGCGCGCCGCAUCAUCAAGCGCGAGGGUGUCGCAGGCCUCUACGCCGGUCUCGACUCCGCCCUCUUCGGCAUCAGCGUCACAAACUUCGUCUACUAUUACUGGUACGAAUGGACCCGCUCCUUCUUCGAGAAGGCUGCGCUAAAAGCCGGUCGCGCCUCCUCCAAGCUCACCACGGUCGAGUCGAUGAUGGCAGGCGCCCUCGCCGGCAGCGCAACCGUCCUCAUGACCAACCCCAUCUGGGUCGUCAACACGCGCAUGACGACGCGCAAAUCCGAAGCCUCCGACGAGUCGCUCCCGGGCGCGCCUACCCCCGCACAGAAAGCGCCAUCGACGCUUGGCACGCUCUUCGCUCUCGUCCGCGAUGAGGGCCCCGCGCGCCUGUUCGCUGGUGUCAUGCCGGCGUUGGUCUUGGUCAUCAACCCCAUUCUGCAAUACACCGUCUUCGAGCAGCUGAAGCAGAUGCUGGAGAAGCGGAGGAGGGUUACGCCCAAGGAUGCCUUCUACCUCGGUGCUUUGGGCAAGCUGUUGGCUACCAGCAUCACCUACCCGUACAUCACUGUUAAGAGCAGGAUGCACGUUGCGGGCAGGGAUGGUCCGAGGGAGGACAUGUUGACCACCUUCAGGCGCAUCAUCAGGGAGGAGGGAUACACUGGCCUGUAUGGAGGCAUCGGACCCAAGGUCACCCAGAGUGUCAUUACCGCCGCCUUCCUGUUCGCCUUCAAGGAUGCGCUGUACGCCUACACGAUCCAGGCACGCAAGAAGCUUGCCAUGCGCAAGGUCUAG